AUUUAGCUCUAUUUCUUCCCGGCUUCUCGGUAUCUACCAGCUUUCUUCUUAACCUGUAUUUUGCAGGUUUCAGGUGCAGGGAUUUUUUCACUGCUAUAGUUCGUUGCUAUCAAGUAGGACGCCAUGUAUGGAGGCGACGAAGUAUCGGCAAUAGUCAUUGAUUUAGGUUCUCACACCUGCAAAGCUGGUUAUGCUGGUGAAGAUGCUCCCAAGGCAGUCUUUCCCUCUGUGGUUGGAUCAAUUGAGCAGCUAGAAGCGGUAAAUGGUGCUAAGCUUGACAAAGGAUUGGAAUCCAUUUCUGAUCCUAAAGGCGGACUAAAGGGAUUUGAUUCAGAGAAAUCUAAAACAAAAAGAAAAUUGUAUGUUGGAUCCCAGGCCUUAGGCUUUAGAAGAGACUAUAUGGAGGUGAUAUCACCUUUUAAAGAUGGAGUUGUUACUGAUUGGGAUAUUGUUGAUAACAUUUGGGCUCAUGCCUUCAAGGAAAGGUUACUAAUUGAUCCGAAGGAACAUCCAAUGCUAAUUGCAGAGCCAACCUCAAAUUCUCUACAGCAGAGAGAGAGGACGGCUGAGCUCAUGUUUGAGAAUUACAAAGUUCCUGCGUUGUUUGUAGCAAAAAAUGCUGUUCUUACAUCGUUUGCUUCUGGGAGAGCUACUUCUCUUGUUGUUGAUAGUGGAGGUGGAUCGACCACUGUAGCCCCUGUACAGGAUGGUUAUGUACUUCAGAAGGGCGUUGCUACGUCUCCAAUCGGAGGUGAAUUCCUAACCGAGUGCAUGAUGAAAAGCUUGGAGAGCAAAGGCAUCAUUUUCAAGCCUAGAUACUCCUUCAAGAGAAAGGAAGUACGCUCCGGAGAAUUUCAGACGAUAGACCUUGAUUUUCCAAAUACCACAGAAAGCUACAAGCUUUAUUCUCAGAGAGUAAUUGCUAGUGACAUUAAGGAAUGUGUAUGCAGAGUUCCAGAUACUCCCUAUGAUGAGAGUGCAUAUGCAAAUAUCCCUAUGACGUCAUAUGAACUUCCAGAUGGACAAAUUAUUGAAAUUGGUGCUGAUCGAUUUAAGGUUCCUGAUAUUCUGUUUAAUCCAUCAAUAAUCCAGACUAUACCGGGAAUGGAGAAUUUUGCAGAUUCUUCUCUUGUUUCUGGCCUCCCACAAAUGGUUAUUGAGAGCAUUAAUAAAUGUGAUGUGGACAUUCGUAGAGAGUUGUUUAGCAGCAUUUUGCUUUCUGGUGGCACAGCAUCCAUGCAGCAACUAAAAGAGAGGCUUGAAAAGGAUCUAAUGGAGGAGAGUCCUCAAGCUGCAAGGGUGAAGGUAUUAGCUAGCGGAAACGCGACAGAGAGACGAUUCAGUGUAUGGAUAGGAGGGAGCAUUUUGGCUUCCCUUGGAUCAUUUCAGCAGAUGUGGUUCUCCAAAGGGGAGUGA